UCAUUCAUCGAUAUUCGUCUUCUUCUCUCUCUUCCUCCGCCAUUCGAUGCUUGAUUAAAUCUCAUACGUCCGCCAUGGAAGCUCAGGAUUGAGCUCCAUCGCUGCUGCUGUUGUCGUUGUUGUUUUUGCCGCUGCCGCUGCUGCUGCUGCUGCUGCUCUUGUCGAUACGCUUUCCGCACACUCUGAUGCUCGGGGUACUGUGCGCGCGCCCCAAGCCUUGGAUCGUCGCCUCCUGCUUCUUCCACGCCUCCGCGGCCCACCACUGCAGGCGGCUGGCCUGGGGCUCCGCCGUCCGGUUGCAGCUCGCCGCCGACUCCCCCGACCGGCGGCGCCACCACUCCAGCUCCUGCCGCCUCGGUAGCGGCGGCGCCGGCUCCUCCUCCUCCUCCUCCUCCUGCGCCCACCCCGGCGGGGUCGCCUCGAUAUGGCACGCGAUCCUUCCGUCCGGAGACGGCGACUCCAUGAGGAGGAUGGAUCCCCGGCGGCCGGUGUUCCGUGGGGAGGGGUCGUGGAACGUGGCCUGGGACGCGAGGCCGGCGCGGUGGCUGCACAGGCCGGACUCCGCUUGGCUCCUCUUCGGCGUCUGCGCUUGCCUCGCGCCGGUUGACACGGCCGAGUUGAAUCGCGAGGAGAUCGUUCCGGAGGAGAGGGUCGAGGAUUGCGAUUCCUUGGACGAGCCCAAGCGGAACUCUCCCGAUUACAGAGUGACAGGGGUGCUGGCGGAUGGUCGAUGCCUAUUCAGAGCAAUAGCUCAUUGCGCUUGCUUGAGAAAGGGAGAAGCAGCUCCAGAUGACAAUCAUCAGAGAGAACUUGCUGAUGAAUUGAGAGCUCAAGUUGUAGACGAGCUCUUAAAGAGGCGGGAAGAAACAGAGUGGGCCAUUGAAGGAGAUUUUGAUGCAUAUAUUGAGAGAAUUCAACAACCAUAUGUAUGGGGUGGAGAACCAGAGUUGCUAAUGGCUUCUCAUGUCCUGAAGACCCCAAUCUCGGUCUUCAUGGUGGAUAGAAGCUCUGGCAGUCUGGUCAACGUUGCAAAGUACGGUGAAGAGUAUAGGAAGGAUGAAGAGAGUCCUAUUAACGUCCUGUUUCAUGGGUAUGGUCACUACGACAUACUGGAGUCAUUCGCCGGUCAAAGCUAUUAGGUAGCAUGCAUGUAGAAUUCGAGCGAGAAACUUCUAAUGACAAUCCAGUUUUGUUAGAUGAGUUAUCUUGUGAAGUAACAGCUGCCUUCCAACAGUAGGGUAUUUCUCAUCUGUUGCGAAAAGUUUUUCCUCAGGUCACUUGAUGCAACCACAGGUGGAGAAGAUUACUAGUUUCUUUCUGUAGAUCAUUUUCCGUCAGUUCAAUUGGAAUUUCCGAUGAUACCUUCUGUUGUUUCAUGGUAUGUGAAUUUAGCAACCUUAACGAGCAGUUGUGCUCCAAUAAAAUGGCUCAAAGAUCAAA